AUGAGCGUUGACUUGAUUGUGUCAAUCCUCGCAGGAACCUCCCUUUCAAAUCUUUCCCAAUUCCCAAAUCUGGAAGCACCCUUCUGGGCUUUUAAUCUCUUUUGCGUUGAAACCUUUCUCCAGACCUCCAAAUCAGGGGCAGACAGUAAAAGAAAGGAGAGAUGAGUGAGUCUGAAAAUUUUGGGCAUGAGCAUCCCCUGGUGUUGAAUGAAGGGCAGAGCAAUCAAAGCGAAGAAGCUUACUGCUCAAGGUGUGGAAAGGAGGUGUCACUGUCAGCUCCAAGUUUUGGCUGGGAGUGUGGGUUUUACCUCCAUAAGAUUUGUGCUGAGGCACCCUUGGAGAUCAAUCACCCUUUUCAUCCCAAGCAUCCUCUCCUCCUUCUGCCAUACCCUCCUUAUGAUGAAGGAAUCUGCAUUUGCGAUUUUUGUGAUGAAAGCUGUAAGACUUUCGCUUAUCAUUGCUCUUGUGGAUUAGACUUUCAUAUCACAUGUGCUUUAUUUACAUAUAAUAUUGCUCAAAAAAAUGUUGAAGAGCUUCACGGCGUUGCUCUUGAAGAUCCAUUGGUUUCCACCGAAAAUAAUGGUGUAGAACUUGAACGUUUUGAGUGUUUUGGGUGUUGGCAACCGUUACUAAGUUCUACAUACUUUUCUCUUGGUUGUGGAUUCCAUCUACAUAAGAAAUGUGCUGAGUUACCUCUCAAAAUCAAUCAUAUGUGUCACCGCAAACAUCCUCUUGUGCUACAGUUCAAUAGUGAAAAGUUUUCUUGCUACAUAUGCCAAGAAACCCAACAAAGAGGAUUUGUUUAUUAUUGUUUGCCCUGCAAUGUUGCUUUUCACAUUGAGUGUGUAUCACCCCCGCCCAUCAUUGAAGAUAAAAGUCAUCAACACCCAUUCUCCUUGUUUUGGAGACAAGCUCCUUUCAUUUGUGAUGCAUGUGGCACUGCAGGAAAUCAUGUUGCCUACAUAUGUACUACAUGCAAUAUUAUAGUACAUAAAAAAUGCAUUUCAUUGCCACGCAUCAUCAAAAGCAUGCAUCACCACCAUAUUUUUCACACAUACUUCCUUCAUGAUGAAGAUUUUAAGGAUGGGGAUUGCAUAAUUUGUCACGAUGGGGUCAAUGCAGAGCAAGGCAGUUACUAUUGUUCAGAUUGCAAAAAUGCCCAUGUGAAUUGCGCGACACAAGAUGAAACCUGGUAUUAUAUAGUUUCACCCGAAAAUGAAGAUGUCGUUAGUUUGGCACUUUUGCCUGGUGAAUCUAUUGACUCCAUCACUUGUGUUAUUGAGAGGAAUGAAGCAGGAGAAGCCACAAAAAAUAAACAUUUCAAGCAUAUGCAUGAGUUGAUGUUAAGUGGAGAAAUUGCGGAGUAUGAUAAAUGUUGCGAGGGGUGCUUGUUACCUAUCUCAGCUUCUUUUUAUUGGUUUAAGAGGUGUGAUUUCUUUCUUCAUAAAGCCUGUGCUGAAUUACCUAAGAUGAAGCACGUUUGGUUUCAUUAUUGCCAGCAAAGUGUUCUCAUCCUUACUUCAGGCUGCAUUUUUAGAUGUCAUCUAUGCAAUCACCUAUCUAAUGGCUUUGCCUAUAAAUGUAAUGAAUGUAACGAUCAUGUAUGCCUUCGAUGUGUAACUCUAACGCCUGAUGCUCUAACAUGUCAAGGACAUAAACACCCCCUCCUUUGUUAUGUCGACUAUGAAGGGAAGUGUUGUGCUUGUGGUGGUUACAUAAAUGCCCUGACAUACCGUUGUAAAGAUUGCAAUUUUGCUGUAGAUACUUCAUGUGUUACACUGCCAACUACAGUUCGUCACCAAUGUGACGACCAUGCUCUUGUACUUACAUACAGUGAUGAUAAUAGUUAUUCAGAAAGUCAUUAUUGUGACAUUUGUGAAGAAAGAAGAGAUCCGAAUUACUGGUUUUAUCAUUGUGCAACUUGCGAUACUUCUGUUGAUGUCAAGUGUGUCCUUGGAAGAUAUCCAUUUAUCAAACUCGGGAGUAUUUACAAAGAAGAACAUCAUCCGCACCUUCUCACCUUUGUGAAAAAGAUUUAUUACUAUCCUAAAUGCAUAGAAUGUGGUAGACCUUGUAAAGAUUUGGCUCUCGAAUGUGUUUCUUCUGGAUGCAAUUAUAUUGUCCACUGGAAAUGUACAGCAUCAUAUAAGCGACUAUGGAAAUACCCCUUUUUGAGAAAAGUCUAGAUGGAAGUCUUGUUGGUCAAGAUACUUGAAAACUUCCACUUCAUUUGCAGGAAAGCACAAAUGGUCCAUAAAUUGUUACUUUUAAUGCUUGUUAUUUUUGUAAUUGUAACUUACUUUUCAGUUGUAAGUUUAAAUGUAACGUAGGCAUCUGAACUUAGAAUGUGUGAGCCUUGGAUUGCUUUUGAUUAUUUAGUCUAGAAAUUCCCUUCAAUUUGACAGUGUGGCUGUAAUGACAAUAAAGUUGGUAUAUGUUGUUGUAUUGUUUAAAUGUAUCACUUGUUGACUUUUU